AGGGAAGAAGAGAAAGGGGCGGGGCGGCGUAUUCCCGGAGAAGCAGCUGACCGGAACCGGAAGCUGGGUUCGUAAAGUGAAGAAAAACCAGAGCGCUCGGCCUCUCAGCUGUUUCAUCUUCUGCCGUACUCUGAGGCUGCCUGCCAAUUGUAGGAGUAGCUGCUGUCACCAUGGCUCUCAGCGACGCCGAUGUCCAAAAGCAGAUCAAACAUAUGAUGGCUUUCAUUGAACAGGAAGCAAAUGAGAAGGCCGAAGAAAUAGAUGCAAAGGCAGAAGAAGAAUUCAACAUUGAGAAAGGUCGUCUUGUGCAAACACAGAGACUGAAGAUAAUGGAAUAUUAUGAGAAGAAGGAGAAACAAAUUGAACAGCAGAAGAAAAUUCAGAUGUCCAACUUGAUGAAUCAAGCAAGAUUGAAAGUUCUUAGAGCCAGAGAUGAUCUUAUCUCAGACUUAUUAAAUGAAGCAAAGGUGAGACUUUCCAAGGUAGUGAAAGAUACAGCUAGAUAUCAGGUCCUUUUGGAUGGACUUAUUCUUCAGGGUUUAUACCAAUUGCUGGAGCCACGAAUGCUUGUCCGUUGUAAGAGAAGCGAUCUCCCUCUGGUGAAGGCUUCAGUGCAAAAUGCAAUUCCUGUGUACAAGAUUGCAACCAGAAAAGAUGUUGAUGUCCAAGUUGAUCCGGAGGCAUACCUGCCAGAGGACAUAGCUGGAGGUGUUGAGAUUUAUAAUGGGGAUCGUAAAAUAAAAGUUUCUAAUACCCUAGAAAGUAGACUGGAUCUUAUAGCCCAACAGAUGAUGCCAGAAGUCCGUGGGGCUUUGUUUGGUGCUAAUGCCAACAGGAAAUUUUUGGACUAAGCCUCUGAUGAGGUGGGAUCCAUUCCAUCUUCUGUGUUGAUGUUAUAAAAGUGUCUAAAAUUGAAGAAACAACUAUCAAUUUCCUCUUCUUUGAUGCUCUGACAUUGUCCUUUGUGGAAUAGUCUUUGUGUAGAAUGCCAUCAGCCUAAAUGUUAACUUUGGGAGAGAAUUUAUGGACUUAAAAACUGUCAAGAAGUAACCUAGUUGAUAUAGAAAUGACAGGUUCUGAUCUCUACAUUCUAGGGACAAGGGGAAUACAUAUCAUUUGCAUGGUUUUCACUGAGAAUCCUUCUGUGAUCUGCCUUAGAUUGGAGUGAGCUCUGUGUAUGUGAGGUAUAUUAUAGUUUCUUUGUAUUUGAUUUCUGUAAGUUACAUUAAAAUGCAUAAGGAGCAUGCAUUCACUCCAGCAUCAAUAGUAUUACCCCUGUAACUAUUUGGGCUUAGAGGCUUUCUUCAGUUGUAUCUGUGAUUCAAAAAGGUGUGAAUAUGCUUUAUUUAUUAAAAUAAAAACUAUGUGGAUCAAACUACAAUAAUCUCUUAUUCAGGGCAUAUACAGACUUGAGAGAUGAGGUGAAAUAUUGAAGGUGUUAUCUAGGAAAGAAUAGCUUUUAGCCUGCUUUGGAGCAUUUACUUCACGAAUCACUACAUUUCUUAUUUUUUUUUUUAAAGUCUGUACCAAGUUGAUGUCUUACUUUCUGACCUCAUAUGCUAGAGUAACAUAGUACAUCCCAUUUAAAGAUUCUAAAAUAUUUGGUGGGAAAGUGUUUUAAUCCAUUUGGGCUAAAAUUGUUUGUCAUGGUGGAUUUGCAUUCAAGAGUGUGUAGUAACCAUGUUAGCACCAUCCUCUCCAAUCUCCUAUUACAAUAGUCUUGGGAUGUGUGGAAAAGAAGUGGCUUUUGUAGUCCUUUUUUCUUGGAAAUGAAAACAUUUGUAAGCUCACUUUUUUUUUCCUCAUAGUGAACUUAGAGAAUUCCUACUAUCGCUAGACUAGGCUAAAUGACUUCUCCAAGACCUCCCCAUUGAUGGCAGAAGAACUUAAAACCCAUUGCAGCGCUCAUUCAUACAUAAAAAGUAAUUAUUGAUAUAAAGAAACUUGUAACAGUGCUUUGUC